AUGGAGUGCAAGCGCUCAAUGGACUGCACUUGCCCGCAGUGUGCGGCAGCGUCUGCGCAGUUUUCAGUCGAGGACUUGAAGCAAUUUUCGUCUGCGAUUGACUAUGGGGAAGAAGAAGGGAACGAUUCCACCUCCCCAUCAGAGCCCCAACCGCCGAUCAAACCCAAGCCCAUUCCCAAGCGCAAGCCCAAUCCCCGACCUCGACCUGCUGCCGCUCCAGUUCCAAAAGCAGCGGUCCCCACAGCAGCGCCGCAACCCGCUGUGCCAGUAGCCGCGUCACAGGGCGGGGGUGCCGCUGGUGAUACUGGUGAAGAUGGACCUCUCGAAGGUCGACUCGUUUCAAAGAACUGGAAAGAUCGUAAAGCGGCGUAUGAUCAAGUGCUGAGUCUCUAUCAACAGGCCAUGUCGGACGAUAGCGACGUCUUUCGCGACUACGCACCCUUUCUCAAGGGCAUGGUGCAAGAUUCCAACGCGUCUUGUCUCGAUGCGGCUCUGGACGCCGUACUGGCAUUUGCCGACGGCUAUGUCAAAGCCUGUGAGCACGCUCCCGAGCUAGCCCCAGGAAUCGUGGCAAAAGGCUUGAGCGGUAGGCCAGGCACUGUAUCUCGGGCAGAGGCAGUGCUGCUCAAAUUCAUGGAGGUGGACACGCCUGAUGUCGUGGCAGCCGUACUGCUGGAGGGGCUUUCUGACAAGAAGCCCAAGGUACCACCCGCCUGUGUUGGCAUCCUCGCCAACGCGAUUCAACUGUUCGGAGCGAGAGCAAUGCCUCUCAAAGAUCUCAAGGCUGCUCUGCCAGGCAUGAUAUCGCACAAGGUAGUGCCCGUGCGUCAACAGGGGCUAGCAUUGGCUGCUGAGAUCAUCAGCUGGUGUGGUGAGCCUAUGCUGGCAUCGGUCACUUCGGAGCUGCGAUCAGCCCAAAAGACUGAUCUGGAUGGCCUUGUAAAAGAAAAGGCAACAGGCUCGCCUCGGGUUCCAACACUUUACCUCAGGAAGGACCGGCCAUCGGAGUCGGACGAAGUCGGAGAUGAGUCCAAGGGUCCCGCAGUGGAGGAGGUGUUCGACCCAAGGGAAUUCAUCGAACCGGUUGACAUCCUGUCCAAGCUACCCAAGACCGAAUUCAACCAAAAGGUUGCAGCCACGAAGUGGAGCGAGAUCUUGGAGGGCCUCAACAUUGCCAUCGAGAUGAUCGGCGAUGUGCCUAAGCUGACUGCGGGCGACUACGGUGACAUGGUGCAAAAGCUGAAGCGCCUGGGGGAUCAUUCACACGUUCAGGUUGCUUCUACUUCGCACCGGCUUCUUUCUCUCAUGGCGGAGGGACUUGGCCAGGGUUUUCACCCGUAUUUCAGAAGCAUUCUGGGAGCGAUGCUGGUGAAGCUCAAGGACAAGAAAUGCGCAGGCGUUCUUGGAACUUGCCUGGACAGAGUGUACGGGAACCCGCACUCUCUGGACCAAGUGGUGGAUGAGGUAGUGGCCGCCUUGGACACCAAGAAGGCAAUACACGCGCGCGUGGCAACUCUCGGGUGGAUCUCUCGAUGUGUGGCCAAGAGCAAGCCUGCUGUGGGGAUAGCAACGCUGACGACGCUGGCAAAGGCUACGAUCCGCCUUGUGGAUGAUUCGGACCCCAAGAUUCGAGAAGCCGGGAGCGCUACAGUGGCAGCUAUUGCCAACGCGUCCAGAGGUGCGAAGGGACCUGCACCUCCAGUGUGGGCGGUCGUGCUGGAGCUACAGACUGCCAAUGCAAGGGCCUUCAAACGGAUUCAAGGCCAGGUGAACGGAGCAGGCAGCAACACUCCCACACAGCCUGAAAAGGUGCCGUCGGCGCCUCCCCAGGGUCAACGUUCUGCGGGUAAAAGUACUUCAGCGGCCACCGAAAAAUCAGCCGCAGCGACACGAGGCACCAGCAAACCACAACCAAAGCCCCGAACAGCACCGAGCUCGUCGGCGGGUCAGCGAAAACCUUCGGCUCCCUCCGCGAAAGAGACGAGUGACGACGCUGUGGACGACGCCGUCUCUAUUACGCUGGAGGAGGCGGUCGACAAACUCGACGGGGCCGGGAUCGAGGGCUGGGGAGAUAGCAUCUUGCCUGGGCUGCGCGGUACAGCCUGGAAAGAAAAGGUGGCCUCUAUCGAGCGCAUCACGCAGGGGGUCCAGUCAGAUCCUGGAAGUCUCCUCACUCCGGUGGUUAUGGUGUUGGCGGCGCACACGAAACAGUUCAAGGACUCCAACUUUAACGUGCUGAAGGCAAGUUUCCUGGGUAUCACCACUCUGCUCGAAGCUGCUCACGCGGCUGGUGUCGCGAAAGGGAACCAGACAGUUGUGUCGACGGUGGUCGCACCAGCGGUGGAAAAGCUCGGAGACAGGAAGCUCCAGGAGACGACAUCUUCACUGCUGACAUCCGCUGCCGAGUCCUUCGGACCUUCUUGGGUUGCUCGCAGGGUGAUGAAGGCCGCGGGACAGGCAAAGGCCCCUCUCGUCCACAGCGAGGCCCUCACGUGGCUCCACGCUUGUGUGAAAGACUUUGGAGCUGCAGUUCUUCCUGCCCCGCAAGUCGUGGCGUUUGCGGUAUCAGAGCUCGAGCACGUUAACCCCAAGGUACGGACGUCUUCGCUGGAUCUAUUGGGGAGUAUGUACCACCGUCUUGGCCCGCCCAUGAAAGCUCUCCUGCCGGAACUACGGGCAGCUCUGCAGUCACAGGUGGAUGGCGUAUUUAGUAAGGUAGGAUAUGAUCCUACAGCUGAUGCGCAAGUGGUACGGAGAGCACCAACCGUCGGUGAUGAGGUGCAGGGCCAAGCUGCUGCCGGUGGCGGUCUUCCAAGAAUCGACCUCAGCACAUUGCUGGAGAAGGAUUGCCUUCCUCGUAUGCAGUGCAUCAAGGGGAAGGAGGCAUGGAAAGGGCGUAAGGCGGCGAUCGAAGAGGUUGUGCAAGCAUGCGGAAAGUCGGGGAAUCAUCUCGAGGCCAACCGCUUCAUGGUGGAAGUCCUGAAAGCUCUUACUCCGCGACUGGCGGAUUCCCAGUCUAAUCUCAAGCCCUUGGCUGCCAGUGCUCUGGCUGAAGUAGCUUCCAGCGUCGGAGCCGAUUCGUCCCCUAAGCUAACCCGCAUCUACGCAGAGCCUCUCUUGGCAUGUGUUGCGGACAACCGCAAGAUGAUGAGGGACGCUGCCAUUGCUGCCCUCGAGAAAGUGACCCUUUCGGGAGGUACACUACACGUCCCGACCACAGAGGCUUUGAUCGGCCCUGUGGUUGUAGCGAUGACCAACACAGUGGGGAGAAUCGAAUUGCUCACGUGGCUCAAGUCGUUCUUGGCGCAAAUUCCUUCGGGAGAGGGGCCCACUAGUCUAGUGUCACCCUUGCUGGUGUGCAUGCAAGACAAAAGUGCCGGCGCACGCCAGGUAGCGCAAGAAUGUCUGUCCGUGCUCGUCGCUGCUGGCACCGUGCAACCUUCUCGCGUGCGUGCGGGAACUCGGGACUUCCAGCCGGCUGUAAUGCGCCAGCUGAAACCUGCGCUGGAGAAAAUAUUGGAAAACUCAGGAGACGCUGGUUCGGGCGUUGUAGAGGCCGCAGAUACCGCCGCCCCCUCGGCAGCAACCCAGGCGGCGCCCCCGACAGUUGUGUCGAAGCUAGUUCGUGGUGGGCCUCACACCGGGGGUUCUUCAGGAGUCCAAACCAAACGGCCAUUGCGCUCGACCAUUGCCCAGAAGAUAGAGAGCACGUCAGAGAGCGAAGGCACACCCUCAUCAUCUGGUGGGCCUCUUCUUUCCACCAGUUCCAAGGCUAAGAGACUCGAAUCAGAGAAGCGCACUCGUUGGUUCGUCUCGUCCGAUGAGCCUCGAGACCAUCAGACCUCGUCACUCAAGGCGCUUUGGUCCCCACUUGCGCGAUCGGAUGCCGUCGACAUACUGUUUCCCACUCGGGUCGGGAGCAUGGAAUGCGGAACUCCGGGGAUGGAACUGCUGUCCUGUGCUCUGCGCGAUCAACGCGUGUCGUUCAUGGACCAGCUGGAUCUCAUUUUCAAGUGGAUAUCGCUACGGCUUUGCGAGAAGGAGAACGUGAAGGCCAUGGGUCAGCUUCUACACUUCCUGGGAGACACCUUCGAUGCGCUUGUUGCGGCGCAAUACCGGCUGGAGGAUAUGGAGGUUGAUGCUCUCCUCCCGACGUUGCUCGAAAAAAGUGGACAAGCGAAGGAGCGGUUCCGUGUUGCCAUCCGCGGGCUCUUGACCAAAGUCCCGCUUCUGUGCUCUUACGCCAAGUACUCCCCGCUGCUUCUCCAAGCGACAGCAUCCAAAAACAGUCGUACCCGUAUCGCCUGCCUUUUGGAGCUGUCACGCUGCAUCGGGGCAGAUGGACCGGCUAGUGCGCUGGGCAAGAAGGGGCUCAAGGAGCUUGCCAAGCAUGUGGACUCCGACCAAGCGGAGGUGCGUUCCGCGGCGUUGGAUGCAGUUGAAGCCUGUUAUCUGGGCCUCGACAAGGAUUCUAGUCGUAUUCAUCGCCUCCUGGGCGCUGUCAACGACAAGACGAAGACUCUCAUCGACGAGCGGAUGAAAGCGGCAGACCGAAAGAACAUCAGCAAAGCGCCGUCUGGUAGCCAAGCAAACACGCGGGGCCUCCGGGAAUCUGCGGCUGCUGCACCUGCCAUACCUGACUCAGAACAGAGAGGGCAGCAAGCACGCUUGCCGCCGCCCCCGCCGGAGACCUCACCAGGAGGGGGAGCUCUAGAGAAACCAACACCGCAAGCGCUAGCAUCGACGCCAGCUAGGACCGUGGACACUCACUCGGAGCGUUCUGGGGAUGACAAUCACCGCGCCAGCCUCGGAGGACUGGGAGCUGAUUCCACCUGGGGUGACGGUUCUUCGGGUGCCCUAUUGAACACCUCCAGCGGGCACGCCGGCAGUGACGACGAGGGACCUUUCCGCUUCGACUGCAAUGCUCUGGAAGUUCAACUAUCGCCGCGUAGCCGGCAGCGAGAAACGAGCAACACCGCUGCAGAUGAGGAGUUCAAUUCUUUGUUGACAGAGCUCGACGACGGGCUUCUACAGUGCCGCACGUUGCUCAAUAUUUCUCCUCAAGACCGUUCGGCUGCGGUGGAUCAGAUCAAGAACCUGUCCAGCUGGGCGACAGCGCAAGGCCAAAGGACUGAUGGGACCGAUGGGGAGGCCGUCCUGGAACGGCACCACUCUCGUCUUAUCGAAACCCUCGUACGCUGCCUCCGGCUGUCUUUCACCGGAAGUGCUGCAGUGGCCGAUGGUGAUGCUCACUACGCCGAGGUUGCAGGUGCAGGCGGAAUUGAUCUAGAGCUGGCGCCCGAGGUGGUAACUGCUCUGGACGACGUGUGCGUGGUGUCACCCCGGUCUUUCGAUGCGCCCUCUUUGGCGGCGCUGCUUGAAGAAGUCUGCCUCUGGCUGGUCGAGCAGCGCAUCGGUCCUCGUGCCCAACACUCCAACUACAAGUCCUGUGAUCCGUACGCGCAGGUGCAGCACAAACUCAACCGUGUGGCGACGGCAUCUGGUUCAGCAAACCCUUUGGUUGCCAUGUCAGCCCUGCUAGAUGUAAUGGCCAACGCCCACGCAAAGAGUGCUGGACGUCAGGAACCCGAACAGGUUUCAGGCAGAGGCAAGCGCUCCCUGGAAACGAAGCUGCUGAAGGUGUACGUCAAGCUGUUGGCGAGACUUUUGCGAGACUCCGAGAAGGACAGCUUCGGCAGAAACGAUGGCGGGUCGAAAGAGCUUGGCCUUCCGCUUGUUCUACGGGCGCUGCACAAGUAUCACCUCGCCGAGAAGCAGCGGGACGCGGUGAAUCACAGCAACCUGGAAGACCGAACUGCAUGUGACGCCGCGCAACGCUUGGUGUCGAUGUUGUGCGAACGUCUUUGUAGCGCGUUUGGAAGUUCAGCGGUGGUCGGAACCUCCAACGUCAUGAGGGAGGAAGAAGGUUCCGAGAGCGCAGCGAGCGUCGAAGCAUGGACAACAACUUUGGGCCGAUGCCUGGUCACCAUGAAGGAAAAUACGGCCGACCGCCGGCAUUCGUCCCAAGUCGCUCCGAUCAAGACCGACCACGUGGCAGAGAUUGCACGUCUUAUCGGACUGGUUUCGGCGGAAUCCCAGAACGUCGGUGAUGGCAGCGAUGGCUCAGCUGCGUUGACGGAGCUUCAGGCUUACGUCCAGAGGUGGCCUGAAGCCCAAUCGACACUUGAACACCAGGUAGACCGGUUGAAGCCACGGUUUCGCCAGUUCAUUCUCGAAGGUUGUAAAGCGCAACAACAAACGGCUGAAGCCGGACUACGGAGCACCCCAUUACGUGGGCGUAUGGCGGACGUGCAUGGAAGCCUGCGGAGAGGGCAGGCGGCGGCGACGCUCGCGCAGGACGAUGGCGCGCGCAAGUCUCUGACAUUCGACAAUGGCCUCCAACCCGGCACCCAAGUGUCCCACGCAGACCAGGACGAUACCCGAUCGACCAAUCGCCUCCAGGAGAUACGGAGGAGGAUGGGUGUUUUGGGUGCACGAGACGCUGUGGGUACGGGUGGUGGCAGGUUUUUUUAA